CAAUCCAUUUCACCUCUCAACCGCUCAUUAUUAUUCAUUCUAUACAACGAAAAAAAUGUUCAAACUCGCCAUCUUCGACUUUGACGGAACAAUCUUUGACUCGCACGAUGCAAUCACACAUGCCAUCAGCCAGACAUUCACCACGCUAUCCACCCACCAGCCACCAGAAAGCGAAAUCCAUCGCCUAAUUUCCUCCGGCUCAGAUUUGCGUCUAACUCUCACGUCGCUCCAUCCUGAAAAUGCCUCAUUUGACAUGAAUGAGUGGGUGACGAAAUACCGUCAAAUCUACGCUGAAACCAGCGCCACCCGAUCAACGGCGUACCCUGGUGCCGAAGACGUGCUGCAAUUCAUGCAGGCGCAGGGAAUCCCAAUGGCGAUUAUCAGUAACAAGGAUGUUACGGCUGUCAAGGUGGCGCUGGAGCGAGUCGAUCUGUUGAAGUACUUCCCGGAAGCACUUAUCGUGGGUGAUAAUGUUCCUGGGGCUGAGCAGAAGCCCAGCACAGCCAGUUUUAUCAAUGUUCUUCAGCCUGCCAUGAAGAAGGUGUAUGGCGGGGGAUAUAGUGUUGAGGGGAAGGAUGUGUUGAUGGUUGGGGAUACCGUUGCGGAUAUCCAGUUUGCGCGGAACAUUGGGAGUCAAGUUUGUUGGUGUUCGUAUGGACAGGGGAAUAAGGCUGUUUGUGAGAAGCUGGAGCCGGAUCUUACGAUUGAUGCGUUUGUUGAUUUUAUCGGGUUGAUUAGACAAUUGGUUGUUUGAUAUUACUAGUUCAGAGAAACAGGAUAAGAAUUAGAAAUAGUGUCAUAUAGAACAUACAUCAUUUUGACAUAUCGAAUUGAACAGUCGUAACUAUUAUC